AUGGCCACGACAUCUAGUUCGACAAACGGGGCCUUGGCCAACGGGAGCAGGGCUAGCUGCGACUCUCUGCUGGCGAAGGCAGAUUCCGACCCAUUGGUGGACGAUGCUGCGGUUGUGCCGCCCCAAAUCGGCAUAGCAGCUGCUAUCCGCGGAAUUCUGCCUCAAAUCGGCGAGGAUCCCACCCGCGAUGGUCUUGUCAAGACGCCUGAGCGAUACGCUCAAGCACUGCUAUUCUUCACCAAAGGGUACUCUGAGAGUGUAGAGGAGGCAGUGAACGACGCUGUAUUCAGUGUCGACACCCACGAGCUCGUCCUUGUGCGGGAUAUCGACAUUUUUAGCAUGUGUGAACAUCAUAUGGUGCCAUUCACGGGAAAGAUGCACAUCGGAUACAUCCCGAACGGCCAGGUGCUCGGGUUGUCGAAGCUGGUGCGAAUUGCUGAGAUUUACGCGCGCAGGUUGCAGGUACAGGAACGGUUAACAAGGCAGGUUGCUGCGGCCAUAGAGGAGGUGCUGAGCCCGCUGGGCGUCGCGGUGGUCUUGGAGUGUACGCAUAUGUGCAUGGUGAUGCGAGGGGUGCAGAAGACAGGGACCGUGACGCGUACUCAGAGCAUGACAGGCUUGCUGAAGAACAGCCUCGAGGAACGGCAGCAGUUUUAUACCCUGCUCGGGCUAAGACAGGGAGGCUAG